GGCCGAGGCCCGGGAGGAGCCAUUGCUUGCCCGGGAGGUAACGGCCUCAUCCGGGUCCCCACGACCGGGCCUUCGGGGCGCUCUGUGGCCUCCGCAGCCCCCGUGAGGCGACGAUCCGGGACAGAGUCCAUCCCCGACACCCGCAGCCGCCCGCACGGGGAGGAAGCUGACCGACCCCGGCCGGAGCUGGGCAUGGGCGUGGACGGCGGGGAGUCGGGGGACACCACGCCGCCCACCAAGAGGAAGAGCAAGUUCUCCGGCUUCGGCAAGAUCUUCAAGCCGUGGAAAUGGCGGAAAAAACGGAGUGACAAGUUCAAGGAGACUUCGGAAGUUUUAGAGAGGAAGAUCUCCAUGCGGAAGCCGAGAGAAGAGCUGGUCAAGAGGGGGGUGCUUUUGGAAGACUCCGAGCAGGGCGGCGAGGACUCGGGCAAGCUCGGCCCCACCACGGUGAAGAACGGCCACAUGGUCCCCUUGGGCCCCCUGGGCCGGCUGGAAGAUGACGCUGCCGCGGCAGUGACCCUCAGGAAGCCCAGCCCAGCCCCGGAGCCACGGAAAAGGCCAGGCUCGUCUGGGAGUCGGCCCAAUUCCGAAGUGGAGCCCGGACUGGAGCACGCCCCCAAGCAGCCUCUCCUCCUGCCCAAAAGACCUUUGUCCGCCUCUCAUGAGACGAGCGACGGCCCAGUGAAGGACGCCCCCUCCGCGGGCAGCGCCCCGAGACCCGUGGCCACCUCCUCGUCUGCCUCCUCGUCCGCCUCCUCUGCCUCAUCGUCUUCCACCUCCUGCCCAGCGCCUGCUGCCACCACUGCUGCCUCAAGCCUCACCGCCCCGACCCCGGCCCCCCGGACUCUGCCUGCCGCCCCUCCCUGCACCCCUUCCAACACCACCCCGAGCCUGCCGCUCACGGCCCCCUCCAAGCAGCCCCCUGUGCCUCCCCCAAAGCCGGCCAACAGGAACAGCAACCCCAGCGUCGCGGAACGAUUACCAGCGGUUCCUGGCGGCUCACUGCUCUGCAAGCCGUCUCCACCCUUGCCGCCCAAGAGAGGCGUCCCGGCCACCCCAGCCCCGCUUCCGGCUGCCCCGGCCCCUACCUCCCAGCGAGCCCCAAGCGACCAGAGAGAGAGAGAGCGCGGCAGCAGGCCCGUCUCCGUCCCGGGGCCGCGAGUCCCUCCUCCGUCCCCUUCCCCACCGCUGCCCGCCCACACAUCUCCCGAGCCCCCACGCGCCCCGCUCCCGUACCCCCAGGCUCCGCAAGAGGUGCCGUCGGUGGAGCCGGCCCCCUCCCCCGAGCGUCCGUCGGAGGACCAGGCUGUGGAGGUCCCCAAGUGGAAGGCGGAGCUGGGCUUCGGGGAGCAGCUGCCCGGCCCGCCCCGCCUGGCACACCUCCCGCUGCACAUCCGCAUCCAGCAGGCCCUGAGCAGCCCCCUGCCAGCCACCCCGCCCCUGGAGGGCUCCCACCGGGCCCAUUCCCUGCUCUUCGAGAGCAGCGACAGCCUCAGAGAGGACAACUCCUCCCUGGGCCGGGCCGUGUCCCUGCCCAUCACCAUCGAGCUGCUCAAAGUUCCAGAUGAUGAGGAAGAGGAAGAGGAGCCUGAGGAAGGCCGGCGAACUCAUCCGUCAUCGGUGCAUAUUGGAGAAGUGCCGUGUGUCACCAUCAUCCCCAAACUCCUACCACAGUGUCUGCAAGAGGAGGAGGAGGAUGCCGGGGAGGAGGAGCAGAGGGAGAGUGACUCUGAUUCAGAGGGGCCUGUCCUGUACAGGGAUGAGGAAGAUGAAGAUGAAAGCCAAAACAGUGCACUGGCCAACAAAGUGAAGAGGAAAGACACUCUGGCCCUGAAGCUGAGCAGGCCCAGUGACCCGGGCCCAGAGCUGAUCUCCUGGCCCCGAAAGAGCAAGGAGGAAUGGAAUGAAAUCCGGCACCAGAUUGGCAACACGCUGAUCCGGCGGCUGAGUCAGAGACCGACGGCAGAAGAGUUGGAGCAGAGGAACAUACUUCAGCCCAACGAAGCCGACCGCCAGGCAGAGAAACGCGAGAUUAAACGACGGCUCACCAGGAAGCUCAGCCAGAGGCCCACCGUGGCUGAGCUCCUGGCCAGGAAAAUCCUGAGGUUUAACGAAUACGUGGAAGUCACCGACGCCCAGGAUUAUGACCGGAGAGCUGAGAAGCCGUGGACAAAACUGACCCCGGCCGACAAGGCUGCCAUCCGGAAGGAACUGAAUGAGUUCAAGAGCUCAGAGAUGGAGGUCCACGAAGAAAGCAAGCAUUUCACACGCUACCACCGGCCAUGAUGCCAGCCUGUCAGCGAGGGUGGGCCCGGAAGGCCCCAGGAUCCGCGCGGCUUCUUCCGUCUCCAGAGCAACCGAUCCCCAGAGGGAACUACGGGCCCCAGCCGGCACACCAGGGACGGGGCAGGCGGGUGGCCCCUCUCCGAAUGUAGCAUUUCACUGGAACCAAGGGCUCGAUGGCCCCCAACAGAACACUAUACCUCACACCUCACACCUCGUCACGUACUCCCGCGGCCUUCAUCAACCAGCGAGCGAUCGGGAGGCGGGUCCCGCUGCCCUGGCCGGGCCUCCGCCCGGCAGCCUGGCUUUCUCCCGUCAGCAGCCUUCGUGGGAGAGUCCGCAGCGUACCACAGCCCUGUUGGGGGGGGCCACCUCCGUAGCUUCUCGGGGCGCAGGACCUGCCUCGGCCCACCCUCGGGCUGACGAGCUGGGCCGCGGGCUCCCGACGCAGCAGGAAGCCGGCACCGCAUCCGUUCUCUCAACCCUUGGGUCCUCCUACCCUGAAUCACUACUGACCGGAGGAGCGGUCAUCCCUUAGGGGCUGGGCUCUCCAGACAGUUGGGGAGGGAUGGCCGAUGCCACAGUGGGCGGCCGGGGUGGGUCGUUGUGGCGCCAAUUGUGGACGGGUCCCCGAAUCAAAGGACAGUACCAGAGGACUUCAGUCCUCCCUUCUCUCCAGUGCAGUUAGUCUCUCAUCAAUCAAUCAAUCGUAUUGAUUGAUGGAUUCCCCCGACGGGCCCCUUCCACCCCCCCUUCCUUCCAUCCCCCGGCUCCAGCCCCGUCGUCUGCUGGCGGCCGGAGGGUUGGGGAAGGUUCCCGGGCUGACCCCUCACCCUUCCCCCUUCACCACCUCCGAUGGAGCGCCAGCUUGAGCGUGCCGGGCUCCGUCUCUGAUGGCCAAGAAAACCCAACGUCCACUCUCGUCCCUCCCCCCUUCAGAGUCCCACCCUUGCUGUGAGCUCACCAAGAAUUCGGUUCCGUCCCUCUGAUGAAAGUGGGAUACAUCCCGGUUUGCAUUUCGGGAAAUACCGGCAAAUCUGUGGACGUUUCCGAACUCUUCCCUACGCUCACCCUUGGGGUUUCACCCCCAGCUCUGCCCGGGAGGAUGGGCUCUGUCUCUCCCCUCCACGGGGUCGUGAGGAUGGAAAGCCGAGGAUAAAAGACUGAAGCGACCCCUUCGACGUCUUCGAAGGGGAAGGGAGAUCUUUCCCGUUGAGUGCUUUGAGCCGGAGGGUCUUGACUGACUGGAGUUGGGUGGGUGGCAGGUGGUGAGGCCACUGAAGAAUACACUGAACAUUCGCUCGCUGUCCUGGAGCCCGGGCUGGGACCACGGACUUGGCUUCUGCCAGAAACCCUCUUUUGCCCGCUGGCCGAUGGCCCCUGGAUUGGCCUGUCCUCUUUCUUCCAGCAUCUCCCGGGCCCUGAGAUGGCUGCUUCUCCCCCUCUUUGCACUGCCUCAACGUGCCAAGUUUCUUCCAGGAUGCCCUGAGCUGCCCAGGUGCCAUCGUCCAGCCAGCAAGGAAGCCAGUCUCUCAUCUCAGUCAGGUUCUUGGGCUCCAAGAGACUUAGGGAGGGGGCAGGGGGCCAGUCUUUUUUUAAUGAAAUGGUUCUUGCGUACCCCCUUCCCUUCAGUUAGCCAUUCACAAACACAGUGGAAAGAAGCGGCGUCCUUCCUAUAAAGUCGAGCAUAUUGUAUUUCCAGGUGCUUCCCUGAUGUACAAAAUAUCUUUUUAGACAGAAUAAUUGCAUUGUAUAUCAGUCUUCCUAUCGACAAAUUUUAAUUAUUAAAGUAUUUUAGGAUUUUCUAA